CUUGUUAACAUGACAGUCCGGAACACCAGUAAUUUAGUAGGAAAGUGAUACUUGGUGUUCUGGAGCAUACUUAGAAAGGUCACAGUGUUGCAGAGACAGCUGGCAGUAAGGGUGUUUUUCUUUUCUUUCGAUGUGUGAUGGAGUCUGGUUUUCUCACCGUUAUUCUUGUUUCUUCCUUUGCGGUAUUUUCCUCUCACUCUGGCAUCACAGAGUGGGACGAUGUUGUGUUGGCUCGAGAGGGCAUGCCUACCACCUUGGUCUGUACUGAUGCAACAGUGAGGGGUGCCAUGGCCAUUAACUGGAUGGUGAAGCCACUUGGUGUGGAUGAAUGGAAACUGGUUCUCUCAGCCAGCGAAAGGGAAGAAUUCUUAGGUCGUGCCUCGAAGGCAUCCAUGCGAUUGACUGACCCCAACUUUAAAGACACUGGGGUUUUCUCUCUGUUCUUUCUUCCCAAAGAGGAGGACAGCGGUCUCUACUCAUGCUUGAUAAAGCAACACGAGAGGAAACUGAGUGAAAAGAUUAUCCUCUUAGCCAUCCUUACAGCUGACAAUGUGGUCUCAUUUACCAAUGCAACACAUGAAAGAGAUAUCUCCACCGCCACUCAGGCUGGGAUACCCUUCCCCCUGACCUGUCCUGUUGUCCAGGGGGACUACGUCCGUCUGCUGUGGCAACCUCCAAGCAGCAGGAGGCACAGUCAAAUGAGACUGGUGCACCAGUACAACCGCUGGAGGGGCUCCACCUCCUUGACUGAGCACAGCAAGAAACUCCAGUUUGCCGGCCCACCCUAUAAUGCAGAAGCCGGUAGCUUCUCCUUUCUGCUCACACCUGAGUGGAAAGAUGGCGGCCUCUACGUCUGUGAAGUGAUCCUCAAUGACAACGGCUUCAUCCAGAAGACCAUGCUCAGCGUGCUUAAAGUUACAACCAGCUCUUCCUCCUCAGAGCUGAAACUGAGGUGCCUGUAUUCAGGGGUGUCCCAGGUCCGAAGUGCUGCUUGGAAAUACCAGGAUACGGGUCGCCGGCUGCAUUUGUUAAGCAGCGAGCCUGGCAGCAUGACCACCAUUCUGCCCUUACCCAUCACCUCUGACACAGCUGGGAACUACACCUGCACCCUACAGCUGCAAAAUGGGCAGACCAUCUCGGCAACGCAAGCUGUCACACUGCCCCAUAAAGGUGGCAGGGAUGUCGAGAGUGUCAGUGUGACCACCCCCUCCCUGCUCCCUUCUCUCUCUGCUUUAUUACUCCUGGUGCCCCUAGUUGCUGCGGCUGUCGGUGUGUUGCUAUGGAGACAGAAACACAUUUCUGAUCGCGGUAUUGAGCAGUCUCUGUCCGUCCACUCGGGUGAAGCAGAGAACAUCUAUGAAAAUCCUGAGGAUAUCAGACAGGCUCCUCCCCAGGGCUCAGUCUACAUGGGUACAGAGGGACAUAAAUCUGGCCUCAGUACCAUGAGUCUCUCUUUAUCCUCCUCUUCACUGUCCCACUCUUCCCCUGCCUCUCUUCCCCCUUUUCUUCUUUAUGCCAGGAUUUGAAGCCAAGAGGAGAGGAUGAUGUCUAUAAGGAACUGGAGCGAUACUAACAGUGUCAGGACCGAUCACCUACCCACAUCUCAUCCUCACCCAACUGUCACAUCCGUUCAGGUCCCAGCUGCAGCAGAAGGCCUUUAUAAACAAAAGUAACAACUGAAUGUCAGAGUUGGGAUUUGAAGAAAAACUUCAGUGCUUUAGGGAAAUGCAACUCAAUUGUUUGAAUGUUUUUUUGUUGUAUUGUAAGCUAUUGCUCUUUAAUAGUACUUUUUUACUGAUUUGCUUUGAUGACUGCACAUAGAGAGGGGAAAAUAUUUUCACAUAAGGCUCUAAAAUUUGUCCAAAAUGUGUGAAAGUUAAUGUUAUAUUGUCUCUUAUUUACUUUUGGUAUUGUACCAAUUGUCUUCUAUGGACAUCUGU